ACGUUUGUGUCCUGUUUUCUGACGGAGACGAGCACGACACUUCAAAACACCGGUCACCGUACGGAAAGUUAUUUAACAAGCUAGCGGAGAAAACAGAUCUUCAAGAAACUUCAGUGAUUGUUCAUCACAUUAGAAACUUUUACAUCGCAUGAAGUUUGUUUGUAGGUCGUUAUAAACGUUAGAAGUUCACUGUAUGUAUCUUCCGCGAUGCACCAGGCGCGUGAAAGACGAAAGUAAACGAAAGUAACUGUACGUCCAGAAGGAUUUAUUGACGUUAUCUAAAGAUUUUGAAGAAGAAAACAUGUUCCCUCUCGACUCUCCGUGGAAUAUCUCUUUCGCCGGCUGUGGUUUUCUGGGUAUUUAUCACAUCGGAGUGGCCAGCUGUCUGCAGGAGCACGCGCCGUUUCUGGUGGUCAACGCGCGUCACAUUUAUGGCGCGUCCGCGGGCGCGCUCACGGCCACUGCGUUGGUCAGCGGCGCGUGUCUGGGAGAGGCAGGUGCAGGCAUCAUAGACGUGGCUAAAGAAGCCCGAAAGCGCUUCCUGGGCCCCAUGCACCCCUCCUUCAAUCUAGUGAAGAUCAUGCGGACUGUGAUGCACCGUGUGCUGCCUCCCGACAGCUACAGCCGUGCCACCGGUCGCCUGGGCAUCUCUCUGACCCGCGUGACCGACGGAGAAAACGUGCUGGUGACACACUUCAACAGCAAUGAGGAACUCGUGCAAGCGUGUGUAUGCAGUGCUUACAUCCCCGUGUACUGUGGCCUGAUACCUCCAACCCUGCAGGGAGUGCGGUACGUGGACGGUGGCAUCAGUGAUAAUUUGCCUCAGUACGAGCUGAAGAACACCAUCACGGUGUCUCCGUUCUCAGGAGAAAGUGACAUCUGCCCUCGAGACAUCAGCUCCACCAACAUCCAUGAGCUGCGCUUCACCAACACCUCCAUCCAGUUCACCCUGGCCAACCUCUACAGAGUCUCCAGAGCGCUGUUCCCACCGGACCCGCUGGUGAUGAAGAACAUGUGCAAGCAGGGAUACAGAGACGCUUUACACUUCCUGAAGAAGAACGGUCUGUUACAGCAUCGAGGUCCACACCGUAUGCUGGCCGUAGCUGGUGGAGAGGCCGAGGAAGAGUCCGACGGCGAGGAUGAGGAAGAGUCAGAGGACAGAGAAACACUGGAUCUCUCCAGCAUCGAGGACCACAUCUUUGAACACUUGCCUCCUAGAGUACAUAAAGCGCUGGUGGAGGCCUGUAGGGAGAGGCGGAGUCUGCUGCGGUCGCUGAGUAACAUGCUGCCCGUUAGAUUGGCAUCUGCCAUCCUGUUACCAUACACACUUCCUCUAGAAUCAGCUCUGUCACUGAGCAUGAGACUGCUGGAGUGGUUGCCAGAUAUUCAGGAGGACGUGGGCUGGAUGAAGGAGCAGACAGUGAAGCUGCUGCAUAGUGUUUUGUCAAACGCGGGGAGGAGUGUGUCACAGCAGGUGUCUGCACGCUUUUCAUAUCAGCUGGAGCUGAAACAUUCCCAGUCGGCCCCGGCGAGCUUCAGUGCGGCGCGUCUGCUGCCGGGAUGGGUCUACGGGGGCAGCUCCACAGUCCUGGAUGCCAUGCUGCGAUUGGACCAGUACCAGCGCCAACUCCUGCCAGGCCUUUUCUGUGUCAAUCUGGACCUCCGAGGGUCUUUCACCACCAGUUCGGCUCACCCCAGUGCCUCCAGCUCCCUGAGCCACCAAGACGCAAUGGAGGGGCUCACCAUGCGUCCCAUUGGAGCCCCGAACACCAGCCUGCUCCCUUAACCACGGGCCGGACAGACCAUUAUAUCCCACAAUGCACUGUGAUGAUGCACAGGAACUUUGAGGUGAACAUUUCAGUGCCUGAUGGUCAGCAGACAGAAAACAAAUGCUUUGCAAAUCUUUGUGAGAAGUCUGUCUCUCAGUUGAAAAGAAGGUUGAGAAAUGCAAUAAGAAAACACAGCAUAAGAAUGUAUUUAAAAGAUGUGCUGUACUUCAUUAAAUGUUCUUGGUUCAAGACAUUUUAAGCCUUUUUGGCAUCGACUGAAAAAGAAAAAAUGAUAUGUUUUGAUAAUGAUAAGCCUCUUAAGUGCCAUCUGAAAUUUUCUUCUAAAAUUAUCAUUUUAUCAGGCUCCUAUGUUUAGGUUCAGUAAUUGUACACUAAUGGCAAUGCAUAGGCACUUUUCUGUACGAUUAAAGUGCAAUGUUAUAAAGUGUGUAUUUAUCUCUUUUGCAUGACAUGCAAGGAAAUCAGAAAGGAAUUUUUAUUAAGAUGGGUCAAAAUCCACUUUCACGUGAAUCAUAUGCCAGUAAUAUUACACAACCAGAAGUUCAUCCACCUAGAAAACAGGUCUCUCCUCAAAAACAUCCUUUAAAGCUUAAGUAAUCAACUUUUUUAUGAAUAAUUCAUGUAAGUGCAUUAAGAAAAAUACAAGCUUCAACAAUUGAGCUAAAUCUGUAUUGAACCAAGAACAUUCCACAAAGACGGAUCAGAAAGAAAGUGAAUUUCCCUCAGAAUGUCCUUGAAUGUGUCUUGUGUGUCAUCAGUAUUUGUGUUUUGAAGGCACCUCAGCAUAGUUUCAAACCUGAGAAAGUAAAGUGAUCUGAGGCUGUUUCUGAAGGUUCAUGCAUGUAGACUGAUUCAAAGCAAACCAUGUGACCAUUUGCCCUGGCAAUGCAACAUCAAUGCUGCUACUCUACUCUACUGUCAUGUGCUUAUGUCUAAAGCAUAUUUACUGCUACUUUUUGUACUUGUUGUAAAUGCACCCUCUUGUUUUUUUUUUCUUCUUGUUUGAAAUGGUUGCCAGAGACAGAUUAAGGUUAGUGCUGGACUAAACUAAUCUGUUAAUCUUUUGUAAAUGCUUCAAAAUCUGGGAUUUGGCUUUAAGUGUGAGCCAGACAGUAAAAGACACCUCCUAAUCUGCAUUUCUGCUCAGUUACAGUAUUCUAAUGUGAAUGUUUAACAGACCUAAUAAAGUUUUGACUUAGAAUUCAA